AUGGCAACUUCUCAGACUCGAUCCACGUCCAUAUUGACAAUUGCGACUCGAUCAUCUCUUUUAACUCUUCCACCGGAAACAUUUCUUCAGAUUUGUAAAUCACUCUCACCAGCCGAUUUACUCUCUUUAUCAACUGUUUGUAAAACAUUUUAUAACGAUUUAUGUCACAACGAUUCGAUAACUAUUCAAGAGAUCUGGCGUCAAGCACGACUCGAAUAUAUUCCAUGUCGAGAAUUGGGGCCACUUGAGGGCAUGACAGAACGAGAAUAUAUUAAAUUUUUAAUGGAAGAUAAAUGCGGAUUCUGUAAGGCCAAGAAUAGGGUUACAAGAAUUUAUUGGGAACGAGGAGUUCGUGCAUGUCUUGGAUGUUUUAGAGAAAAAACUAUACAUCUAUCGUAUAUUAAAAACAUUAACCCCAAUAUUAUUGCCUUUCUCUCGUCUUCAACUCAUAAAGAUGGCAACAAAAAUUGGCGAUAUUGGUUUAACCAAGUACAAUCCAAAAAUAAUGAAUUUCAACAUCUCUCUCAACAUGAACGCGAUGAUUGGGUCAAACGUCAAACUUUUAUCUUUACUCGACGCGAACAUCAACUUUUAUUACGCCGCCAAGAGGAUGAUAAGUGUCGAGUAUACGUAUUAAUCGAACGAAGAAAAGCUAUAAAUUUAAAAUUAGAAGAAAUGUGUUCAUUGAAAAAUCCUGAUGGUAGUCAGAAGUAUACAAGAUUUAUUUUAGAGAUGUGUCCUAGUUUGGAAAGAUGUUAUAAAUACGAAAGACCUUUUAAUGAGCGAGGGUGGGUUAUUUUAAAACCAAAAUUGAUAAAGGAGUAUCAUGAAAUUACGGAAAGAUUAGUGGCGUCAAGUGAUGAUGGGAGUAGUAGUCGAGAUGAUGAACCUUCAGAUGAUGAAUCCGAUGCUCGAAUGGCUAUGUUUUUUCUUGCUUAUGCUCUUAAUUCUCUUGUCAAUAAUUCCUAG